CUCGAGAUCAGACAUGGCGGCGUACAUGAGAAUGUGGAGAUCAUACAGAAACAUCAGCGCUGCUUCUGCAGCCGGUCCCGGUGCGAUCAGAGCCGGAAUAAACGCGUUAUUACCGCGGACUAACCCACAUCCCAGCAUCCACCGCUCUUACUCCUACAUUUCAGGCAGAGAUUCAUCAUUAUGCAACAGCAGAACCGCAUCCAUAAUGACUGACAGGUGGUCCCGGGUCACGGGGUGUCCCGUCGGGUCGGGGUCUCCUAUCGCUGUCUGUCAGAGGAGGUUUCUGUUCGGGAAUAAGGGGAGCGGGUUUUCUGGAGAGGACGGUGCUGAGAACAGCAAUGGAUCCGCUGGAGAUGAGUCUGGAGGAGAUGAAGGUUCUUACAAUUCACCCCAGAUGACAGCUCUGACCCCUAUGAUGGUGCCCGAGGUCUUCCCGAAUGUUCCUCUCAUUGCCGUCAACAGGAAUCCGGUGUUUCCCAGAUUCAUAAAAAUCAUUGAGGUUAAAAACAAGCAACUCAUGGAGCUGUUAAGGAGAAAAGUGCGCCUUGCUCAGCCCUACGCCGGUGUAUUUCUCAAGAAAGAUGACAAUAAUGAAUCAGAUGUUGUGGAGAAUCUGGACGCUGUUUAUCCCACCGGAACGUUCGUGCAGAUUCACGAGAUGCAGGAUCUUGGCGACAAACUGCGUAUGAUCGUGAUGGGUCACAGAAGAAUUCGUAUCAACAAGCAGAUGGACGUUGAGGCGGAAGAGUCCGACACCCUGGAGGCUGAAGGUGGACAUCCGAAGUCUCUGCGGAGGAAAAUGAAGAGAUCUCGUAAGGAUUCGGCGUCGCUGGCCGAGGCGAUUGAGGAGAAAGUGCAGGAGGUGGAGUUUGUGGUGGAGGCUCUUCCUCUGCCCGGCGUCCUUAUGGUGGAAGUGGACAAUGUGGUCCAUGAAGACUUUCAGGUCACGGAGGAGGUCAAGGCCCUGACCGCUGAGAUCGUGAAGACGAUCCGUGACAUCAUUGCUCUGAAUCCUCUGUACAGAGAGUCUGUGCUCCAGAUGAUGCAGGCGGGUCAGAGGGUGGUGGAUAACCCCAUUUACCUAAGUGACAUGGGAGCGGCUCUCACCGGCGCCGAAUCCCACGAGCUGCAGGACGUUCUGGAGGAAACGAACAUUCCAAAGCGCUUAUACAAGGCUCUUUCACUGCUGAAGAAAGAGUACGAGCUGAGCAAACUCCAGCAGCGUCUCGGCAGAGAGGUGGAGGAGAAGAUCAAGCAGACGCACAGGAAGUAUCUCCUGCAGGAGCAGCUGAAGAUCAUUAAGAAGGAGCUCGGACUGGAGAAGGAGGACAAGGACGCCAUCGAGGAGAAGUUCAGAGAGAGGCUGAAGGACCGAACCGUCCCGCAACACAUCAUGGACGUUAUCAACGAGGAGCUGAACAAACUCGGGCUGCUGGAUAACCAUUCCUCUGAGUUCAACGUUACACGUAACUAUUUAGACUGGUUGACAUCGAUGCCGUGGGGCACCAACAGUGUCGAAAACCUGGAGCUGAGUCAAGCCAAAAAGGUGUUGGAAGAGGACCACUACGGGAUGGACGACGUCAAGAAACGCAUUUUGGAGUUUAUCGCCGUGAGCCAGCUGAGAGGCAGCACGCAGGGAAAGAUCUUGUGUUUCUAUGGGCCUCCCGGUGUCGGCAAGACCAGCAUCGCCCGCUCCAUCGCCAGAGCUCUUAACCGCCAAUACUUCCGCUUCAGCAUGGGCGGCAUGACUGAUGUGGCCGAAAUUAAAGGGCACAGGAGAACGUAUGUCGGUGCGAUGCCGGGGAAGAUCAUUCAGUGUCUAAAGAAAACCAAGACUGAGAACCCAUUAGUCCUUAUCGACGAGGUCGACAAAAUAGGUCGAGGUUACCAGGGCGACCCGUCUUCCGCCCUGCUUGAGCUUCUCGACCCUGAACAGAACGCUAACUUUCUAGAUCAUUACCUGGACGUUCCCGUUGACCUGUCGAAGGUGCUUUUCAUUUGUACUGCCAAUGUUACCGACACCAUUCCCGAACCUCUAAGAGACCGAAUGGAGAUGAUCAACGUGUCGGGCUACGUCGCGCAGGAAAAACUGGCCAUUGCCGAGAGAUAUUUGGUGCCUCAGUUACGAACUCAAUGCGGUCUGGAUGAGCAGAAAGCUAACAUCACCCCGGAGGCUCUGAGCGUGCUCAUAAGACAGUACUGCAGAGAAAGCGGCGUCAGGAACCUUCAGAAACAAGUUGACAAAGUGUUCAGAAAAGUUGCAUUCCAUAUCGUGAAAGGGGAGGAAACGGCCGUGAACGUCACUGCCGAAAACCUUCAGGAUUACGUGGGGAAGCCCAUCUUUACUGUGGACCGGAUGUAUGACAUCACGCCGCCGGGAGUGGUCAUGGGACUGGCGUGGACAUCUAUGGGUGGCUCUACCCUGUUUAUCGAGACGUCUUUGCGGCGUCCAAAAGAACCUCCGGGUAAAGACGGACUCCGCGAGGGGUCACUGGAGGUCACGGGGCAGCUGGGAGAUGUCAUGAAGGAAAGCGCCAAGAUAGCUUAUACGUUUGCCCGAUCGUUCCUUAUGAAAGAACAACCAGACAACGACUUCCUCGUGGGCUCCCAUAUACAUCUACAUGUGCCUGAGGGUGCAACUCCUAAAGACGGACCAAGCGCAGGUUGCACUAUCGUCACGGCCCUGCUGUCCUUAGCCACCGACACGCCGGCACGUCAGAACACGGCCAUGACGGGAGAAGUGUCCCUGACCGGAAAGAUUCUGCCGGUUGGAGGAAUCAAGGAAAAGACCAUUGCUGCCAAGAGAGCGGGCGUGACGUGCAUGAUCAUGCCGGCAGAAAACCGAAAGGACUUCUCAGACCUUGCCGAAUACAUCACUGAGGGCCUUGAAGUGCACUUUGUAGAACAUUACAGCGAAAUAGUCAAAAUCGUUUUCCCUGGACAUUAAUGAGUAGUGCUCUUUUGGUACGAUUUUAUCCUUUGCCGUAAGUGAUGAAGUGUUAGGAAAACACACACACAACCAGAUGCCUGUACGUUCAACCAACACGAGAAGCAUGAUAAAUGUUGCACAGAUGUGUGUGACGUGUUGCCUCUCAUUUUGUGGGACAAAGAUCAGAAAGCCUAAAUAUUUAUAGAUGGGAAAGUCUGGAUGCGUAUCCCAGACCUCCGAAACAUUCAAGACUCUUGGAUCCUGCUAUAACUGCUACGCAGUUCCUCCUUCAAAUGUUCAUUUUAUUGUGUCAUAUUCAAAAAUCACAUCUUGAGUAUUUGUUGUGAUUUUUGUUAAUAAUCACUAUAUACAUUUCCUCAACGUAUUUACAAUAAAUAUGUAACUAAACA